UCAUGUCACUUCUAUCAAAUUAAUGACUACAUGAUAAAGAAGUGUAUCACUUCAUUUACGGUAUCUUUAUGCAGUUUUAUUUUUCAGGAGGGUUUAUUUUCAGUGUACAAAUAUAGUAAAAUGUAGACCUAAGGCAGAGCUACUAUGUUACUUUUUAAGGAGGGUCGUAAUGUUAAACUUAAACUAAUAUUAUUACUACUAAUUUAAACGUCACUCUCACUUCUGAGGACUUCUCUCAGUACAUGACAUAACAGUAUUAAAGUACUACUAAACUAAACUUAAACUACUUAGGACAGUACUCAAAAGUAGAGACUGAUAUAAGGUAGGGUGAACAAAUCAUGAACUGGAAAAAACGGGACACACCCAAGGAGGGUUUGUGGGGGAUACCCUCCAGCUAAAGUGGGGGCUUCUGCGGAAACUGGUUGCUCAUUUUAACUAUUUUAAGACCUGGCUUAAAAAAAAAAAAGAAAUCUUUUUCAAUUAACCUUCACUUUUGUAAUAUAAUUUAAACUUUGAGGCGCAUCAUAAACGAAAACAAUAAUUUUGCAGUAGUGCAUACUUAUUUAUUUAAACAUAUUUUACAACAUAAUAAAACAAAGCAAAUUAAAUUUCUCUAGUCUAGGAUUUAAAUUUAGGAUAUUUGGCUGUUGUCCCAGCCAUUGUUAAAACCUCCUUCUUAUCUAAUAUAAAUUUGUAAAAACUAGAACAGUCCAUUUCGAAAUUGUAGAGAACCUGCAGGAUUGCAGAAAGGGUCUCUACUCUCAUCUUGUUUCUUUCGUCCGUUCAUUGAAUGUUCAUGAGCGAAAAGAUUCUUUCAGUAUUACCAUUAUGGGCAGAGAACACAUAUAGGCAUAUUUUCAAAAAUUCAGAGUGUGUUCUGGCUACACAGCUAGUCAAAAUAUUACUUGAAGUUAUAUUAUAAAUUAGGAAGUUUUAGUGAUUUGAAAAUGUGUUUGGGUUUAGAAACGGGACAUUAAGGCAUCCCAAGAGACAUUUUCAGGACACCGGAUACAAUCGUAAAAAAAAAAGAGAAAAUCUCGUUUUUACGGGACAUUUGGUCACCCUAAUAUAAGGGCAUCUAGGGCUAGUCAGUAAGCUGCUAGACUAGUCACUGCUACUUACACACUGCUAUGUCUAGAACAGGUGUGGUCCAUUGCCACCCAAAAGUAAAAGGCUUCGCAGGCCACCUUGAUCUGAUUAGUGAGUAAACUGUUUCAAGUUUUCUGACAUUUCAUCGCAAUUAAUUGAUUCAUUGCAUUUACAGUGUGAAUUAGAGCCGUAAUAUUAAAAUAAGCAUCCACUAAAUGAAAAUUCUUAAUUAAUAAAUAUACACAUAAUUUAUGAAAUUGAAAUGUAAAUAACAAAGCAAGAAUAAAACUUAAGAUUAAAAUAAUAUGUAAUAUGAAUGUGAUACUAUUUUAUCUUUUCUCUCACUAAUCUUUUUAAAAUCAAUUUCUUUAUCAAUUAAAUGAUUUGAAGAAUUAAUAAUAGGUUUAUGUUAACCGUUAAUUGGGAUAAAUCAGGCAUCCAUAGAAUAUGAUUCUAUAUAGUGACAUGGAUGACGGGCCGUGGGUUAGCCACUCCUGGUCUAGAAGUUACUCGCUUUCAGUUUCAGAAUAUAUCCCCUAUGGCCAGGCUUUGGUGUUAUCUAUAAAUGACAUCACAAUAAAUUCUAUAAAAAAUAUAGGAAAACAUGUCUUAGGUUGUUGGGGGGGGGGGGGGGUGAGGGGCCUAUGAAUUUGUGACAAUAGUUGCAAAGUUGGGUUGGGGGGAGGUAAAAAGUCAGUCAAAAUAGCUAGAGGAUGGCCUCUUUCACUAUCAUUAUUAUUUUUAUUUUCAAUUCAAUUGAUUUAGUAUACUUACAUUAAAAUUAAAUAAUUGCCUCUGAUUAAAAUACAGAAUUUUAAUUUAUAGGCCUAUUUUAUUUUGUUUCUUACAAGGAAUUCUAUAUAAAUUGGACGACUUGAAAAAAAUAGCAGAUAGUUUCAAAUGGAUGACUUUGGAGGUAAAUAUAUUACACAUGAAGCAUGAUGAAGAAGACAAUUGAUUAACUAAUAAUUACCGGGUACUAAUAAAUAUUUUGUUCAGUGUAUGGUUUUAAAAAAUUUCUAAGAAACGUUUUAGAGUUGUUAAAUUUUAUACCUAAUAUUAUUUCUUUCCAUGUAACCUUAUGAAAUUCGAGAAAUUAGUAGUUCAAUAUUUUAGGACAUUUUUUUGGAAAGAGUUCCUUUAACGAAAGGGGCAACGAAUUAGCAACUGUUAACAUCAGCAAUAAAGUAGGAUCUAUUUUUUAAAAAAUGGUAGAAAUUGUAUUAAUAGUAUUAUAUUUUAGUUUUGAUGAUAAUCGUUUAUUUAUAUAAACGGUAUUAUAACGGUAUUAUAUAUUUUUUAAAAUUAUUUAUUUAAAAGGUUGCUUGUAUAUGUGUAGAAUUAAUAUUUAGGCAUGGAUUUGUCUGGACAUGAAAUUUAUUCAAAACAUUUUUAUAAUAAUAAAUUUUGUGUGCAUCAAAGGCUUAAUGACAUGCAUUUGGAGAAUAUUAUUAUAUCAUUUGCUUUUAUUAUAUAAUUUUAGUGGAUGUAAACUUUUGUAUUAAUCUUACAAAUUUUAACAUCUUGGCAUGCUAAGAAUUGGAUCAAAAUUCACUUUCUUUUUAUAGAAGAAGAAGUUGUUGAAAAUCCGACUUUAAGAGCAGCCUACAACCUUGAACCACUGCAUCAGAAUCAAGCGCUUCGUUGGAAUUACGAGGUAAAAAAAAUCAUAUCCUAGAGAUCACUUGAUUAGUAAGGUUUUCAAGCAAAAAUCAUAUUUCCAAUAAAUGAUCUUGAAAAUGAUAUCCAGUUGUUGUUUCACUAUAUUUCCCUCUUCUUAUUUCCUGCUUAACAGAAUCACAUCUUGACCUUCCGUAUGACCUACUUUGGAAUCUUUUCAAACUAUUUUUUUAGAAUCUUGGUUCACAGAAUUAAUUCUUGAUCUUUCAUAUAUGAUCUCAUUUGGUUUUAGAAUAUUGCUUCACAGAAUCACUUCUUGAUCUUUCAUAUGGGAGCUUUUCAAACCCUUCAAUCGGUUGAUAAACACACAUAAUCUCUUGAUAUGAAGUUAAGUUUGAGCCAUUUUUCAAAUUUUCCCUUUAAAUUGCAUUCAUCAUUUUCUUAUUAUAGCCUGCAUAGCAAGAAUUUAACCAUAUACUGAUAUUCUGUUCUUUUAAGGCCUCUAAUGUUUUUUUUAAAACUAUUCAAAAACAUUUUUAGCACAGAAAUUAUUAUAUGAUAGAUCAUUCUGAAAUAUUUUUUAACUUUUAUUAUUUAUUGCAUCUAUCUGGCAAUUGAUAUUAUGUCACAUGAAUUGUUAGGUAAAUUUAAUGAACUAACUUUGUUAUUUCCCCAUACUCACAAUGUAUUUUUACUGCUUUUUGUAUAUAUAUAUUUUGUAUACCGUUCCCUAUUCAGAGGUAUAAUAAAUAUCUCUGUUCUCUAGAGUUAUUCAAUUCAAAUGCUACAACACUUGAAGAAUUAAAUGGAAGUAGAAUAUGGCACAUACACUUUUAAAUUUAUUUAUUGUGCUUUGUUAUUGGUUCCUCAAAUUUAUAAGAAGGUUUACAAAUAGUUUUUCUAUUCCUUAGGUGCAUUUAAUAGGGGAAAAAAUUUAUGACAAAGUAAUCCAUCUUUGUGAAGUGUGUGAACUGCCUAUUCUUGUUUAUGGACGUAUGGUAAGUUUUUUCUUAUUUUUUUCUUCAUUAAAUGUUUAUUAUGAAUAGAUAGCAUUUUAUAGAUCAGAGCUCCACAACCGGCGUACAGGUGUGCCACAGCAAAAUUCCCACCCAUGAGAAUAAAAAAACAAGUGAAGACAAUAUAAAUUUGAUGAAAUAAAAGGGGUAAUAAUUAGCUAAUUUACAAGUUUGGUCAAGAUAUGAAGUUAUAUAGCACAGCACUUCUGCAUGUUUAAAUUUGGUGGGUCACAUGACAAGUCACAUUUUAAUCAUUGAGUUAAAUCUGUCCUAAGGGAUGAAUCAGAUAUAUCCCUGUUGUUUUGACCUUUAAUCACACACUUUUCACAUCUGUGCUGUGUAAUACUUCCACUACAUUUCGAUGGCUAGUUGUUAAAAAAAAUUCUACACUACUGAGGUACCAUUUCAUCACCGUAAAUAAAAACAAAUCCAACACAAACUAAGUCCCGUCCGCUAAAGACUGAGAGUACUGAAAUCUUUUCUCUGAUUUUUUGAUACAGUCAAAACAUGUGUUUAUCACCUUGCAACAUAUUUGUUCUUAAAUGUUGCUUUUGUUUUAUUAUUAUUUUUAUACUGAAAUAAAUAUGGUAAUUUUACACAUGAAUGUAAUAUUUAACCGGUACAUAAAAGUAAGUAGUCGCUGAUUUUUUUGUAUCAAAAAGGCUAUUUUAUUUGUGUGUUUUGAAUAUGGCGGGGAAGGGGGGGGGGUUGAAGAGGGAAUGUUCAUUUUUGAUAAAUAGGAGGACAAAAAGGGGUGUGAAAAAAAAUAAUUUAAAAAGAGUACAAAAAAAAAAGUAUACAUUAAAUGGGGGGGGGGUAGAAGAGAGAAUGUUCAUUUUUGAUAAAUCAGAGUACAAAAAGGGGUGUAAAAAAAAAAUAAUUUGAAAAGAGUACAAAAAAAAGAGUAUACAUUAAAUAGGGAUAUUUGUGGUGUGGUGAUAAAUCGACUCUGAAAGCUAUAGAAGAACUCUCCCUCCAGUUUCAUGAGGAAUUUCGGAAAUUGAGGAAAGAUGGUACAGUGAAAUUAAAGUUCCAUUUUGAUGUUUUCCGGGAAUUUGUCAAGGAAGAAUAAACUAGAAUUUCCAACGAGGCUAUUUCAGUUCUGCUACAAUUUUGAACCACUCUUUCCAAUGUGAACAAAUUUUUCUACUCUUAUUUUCAUUUAAAAAUAAUAUGGUCGGAUAUUCUGCCAAAUAUAAAGCAUUUAUGUUCAGCAGUAUAGGCUCAAAAGUUUCAUUGUUUAUUGUUAAAUUUAAAUAUUUUAAUUGUGUAUUUCGUUUUUAAAUUUUUUAUCUAUAUUUCUGUUCUGUUGAUAUUCACAAUAGUGACCAAAUAUUUUAUGUUAUAUCAAUUUGUAGGCUAUAAAAGAUUUACUGGCUAUUUUAAUGCCUUUAAGAAAUAAACAAAAAACUUUUAACUGUUUGUGCAUGUAAAGAACAGUAAAUUAGAUGUGUUUUUCUUAUAUUUUAAUUGUGGUGUGCCUCGGAAAUCUGGGAAAGAUGUGACAUGGGUGAAAAAAAAAAGUUAAGGAGCACUGUUCUAGAUGAUAAGUCAACAUCUCUGUUUGUAUGGUAAUGAAUGUAUAAUUGGUCUUCAUUAUUUUUGUUUCAGUUACCAUGUAAACACAUUUUCUGCUUUGAUUGUGCAAGAAAAUAUGAGAAAGCUUGCAGAAGGUAAAUUUUUACAUAUAUAUGUUAUUAUACAUCGAGCCGAAAUUUGUUUAAGGUGCCCAGAUUAUUUUAUCAUUAGUGAAAUUCAUUCUUUCAGUCUUCUCAAGCCAAAUGGUGAUGGAGGCAAUAGCCAAAAUUUAUAUCUUCUUUUGUAGCUGCCUGCAAGAUCAGGAUUUUAUAUCUUUGAUCCUUCUUAAUUAUUCUGCGCCCUGUCUCUUUUGGUUUUCCUCUGUUUUGUUUUCUCUUGGCAGCCCAUCUCAGUUUUGUCCCAGACCUGGUUACUCUUACAUUUUUGGUGUACAAUGUUUUGAAAUGUCUUAUAAAUGUUCGUCAAAGCUUGUCAUAGCUAUGAUUUUAAGAGACCUGGUUAAAAAAAAAAAUUUCUGUAUUUUUAACAAGAAAAAAAUAGUUUCGUUUGUUACUUUUAGCUCCUUUCUACAUCUGGUGGUGAAUGAACUGAGAAAUAUGAUUGGUUGGGGAUACAUCCAUAAUUAUAUUACUUACACAGAGAGGGGAGGGUAAGGGUGUUGAAUUAGGAGCGUACAGGUGUGCAUGGGAAGGGAAGUGUUAAAUAUCUGUUACAUAAUCAAUUAAUUCAUCAUCUGAACUGCUGCAUGUGCAAAAAUAGAGUAAACUCCUGGGGUUUUUUUUGUUGUUGUUUUUUAAAAAAUACAUUCUACGCACAUAAUGUUGGACUGCGAUAAAGCUUUCAUGUAGAUUAAUGAGACACAAAAAUUUGUUUAAAUAAAACAAUAUAAGUUGAGCUUUAAUAAUGGUUACACAGAUUACAGAUUCAGUGUAAUGCAAAUUCUGUGUAAACAUUAAUAAAGCUUAACCUAUAUUGUGUUAUUUACACAAAUUCUUUAUGUCUCAUUAAUCUCAAUCUCCGUGCAGCAGUGUUAGAUUUUGAUAUAUUUAUUAGGUCUAGUAAGCGGUAUAGGAAAUCUAUUUUUAGAAGUCGUUACACAGCUGUACAAUUUUAAUAGCCCAGUUUUGAUCCAGCACUCCUCUUCCCUUCUCCCAAUACAGCUUGUAGAGUGGUCCAAAACUAAAUUCAGGUACAUGCAAAGUUUCAUCCCGCCAUUUUGAAUUAUAAAAAAAAAAUUAUGGAAAUUUGCUCAGUCCAGUAACUCGGCCUGCUUCACUCCUUACAAGCCCAAACUGGCAUUAUUUAUAUUUGUAGAUACAUUUAAUGAUGUCUCUUCAUGGACUUUUACUAACUUCCUGGUGGUUUAAGAUUAUAACUAUUUGGCAUAUACCGGUAGAUAUCAGCUAGAUGACGUCUGCAAUUAAUAACAUACUGGAAUGGAAGCACAAUAUUACUCUAGCUUGUGGAUUUACACCCCUUACCCCCCUUUUCCGCAUUUGAAUGAACCAAUCUUCCCCAUCUUUGAGGAUGUCCUUUAUGAAUGGCAACUAAUGGAGUUAUUAACUAUUUCUAAACAGAUAAAUCUUUUAAAUACAUGAAUUAAAAAAAAUUUUCAUGAUGGGUUUAAUUGAUUAUUAAGCUUAGAACGCACCCACAGAAAACAUGUUAUAAUUCAGUGACAAAAUCUCUUUCAGGUGUCAAGGUAAAGUACAGAAAGUGGAAAAGUCGGCUUUGGGAACAGUUUAUGUUUGUACCCAUGGAGCACCUAAACAUAGUACUAAAGGCUGCAGAAGGACAUAUCUUUCUCAAAGAGAUCUGCAGUCACAUAUUGCCCACAGACAUGUCCCUAAACCAUCCACCACCAGUAGCAAGCACCCACCCACUACCCAAGCUGUUCUGUCUGGUCCUGUGCAGUUACCACUGACCCAACAGCAAGCUGCCCAGCAUGCCACCCAGAAGCAGGUUUCUCCCAUUCAGUCUCACCUGCAGUCAUCUAGCAUCUCAGUACAAGGAUCCCUUGUAACUUCUGUGGCUAAUUUGUCCCAUUCACAGACCUCCGCAUUGGUUGCCAGUGGGCAGCAGAUGAGCCCCAUUCCACCGCUUAUUCCUGGUUUAGGUGAGCUUCGUCCUGUAACCAACGUUUCCCCUGCUGUUUUGAGCCAAAGUUCACCAAUGUCCCAACCAGCCCCAAGUCCUAACAGUCUCCAGCAAGCGAUGGGUUUGUCCUAUAAUCCAUCACCGCAAACCAACUCAGACAUCUAUCGACCUUUGGACAUGGCAACUAUGGGACAACAGCAGCAACAUCAGCAGAGCUUAGGAAUGACCAGUGUCCAUCUCCAGUCUGUACAAAAUAUGCAGCAGUAUUCUCAACCGCAGCAGUUUCCUGGGUCCACAGCUCUGUUGCCACAGAUGGGCAAUAAUCAACAAAUAGCUCCCACUAUGCCCACACAGAUGCAUCCCAUUACCCUCUCACACCAACAUUCUUCUCUCUCAGCUUCUCAGAAUUUAGACAGUUAUAGCAAAGCUCAGAAUAUUCAAACCCCAUUACAACAGACCCCACAGUCCCGUAAUUUGAUAACAGUACCUAUACAGGAUGAGGGUCAGUACAGACCUCAGCCGUAUGUUCCAUCCAUGGUCAGUCAGACGGUCAAUCCAAGUUAUCCCCAGGCAAGACAGAACAUGCCCACCCAGCCCCAAGGCUACACACAGCAUCCCAACUCAUUUGCUAGUCCUACAAAUUUCCCUCACUUGGGUGGACAAGCUCAAAAUAUAGGGUGUGGUGUGCAAAAUUUGGGUCAUCCCCAAAGUCAAGGCCAUCCACAGGGGAUGGGAAUUCAGGUACAAAAUAUGAGUCAUUCUCAGGGCUUAGUAGGCCAAGCUCAAACUUUAGGUCACCCUCAUAGCAUUGGACCUCAGUCACAAAACUUAGGCAAUCAGGCUCAAAAUUUGGGUGGCCAUGCUAAGGGUAUUGGUGGUCAUCCUCAAAAUUUGAGUGGAUCCACCCAGAAUAUGGGAGGCCAGGUUUCCAACAUGGGUAGUCAGGGCCAAGGUAUGGGGAAUAGUCCUCAGGGUAUGCAGUUCAAUCCAUCGAGUGGUAUGCAGUCUGGCAGCCCUGGCAUGAUGCUAAACCAAAGACCAGGAAAUGUCCAUCCUAGAGCACUUAUGGGGGCAGCUGCCAUGGGACACUUUCCCCCACAACACUGGCAAAGUCCAAGAAUCAUUCAACCUCGAAUGACUCAGGGUCAGCCAAGACCCAGACCAGACAACCAAUUUAACCCAAACAAUUUUUAUAGUUAAACAUAAAACUUUAUUUGUUAAAACAUUAAAUUUUUUAAAAUAUUAUUAUAUCUGUUUCAAAUUUUGAACUAAAUUUUUAGCCAUCGAUGUGGCAUAUUUAAUUAGUGACUAAUUUAAUCUCUCAAUUUACCAGCAUAAAACUUUGCGCAGAUUUAAUUGAUAUUUAUAUAUACAUGUGAUGAUUGCAACAUUUUUGUUAGUAAAAUAUAUUCUGUAAAAGUAUUCAGCCAAAAUGAAACACUAUAAUUAUCAUGUUCGUUGUAACUAUUAGCGUUUUAAUUUUAUCCCAACUUUUCAAACAUCAUUUUGUGAAACAAUAUUCUGUUAAUACUGUUAACAUUUAUUAAAAGCUUUCAUUU